GCAAUUAUUAUCUCCCCUCCUCGUGCCAGAUGGAUUCCUAUAAAUUCUCGAUGAUCCUGCAUAGCUACGCAUUUAGUAAUUUUAGACGAGAGAACAUUUGUGGCCGAAUACGAAUUAAUCGCGUGUGCGUGAAAUACAAAAAAAUAUAAAAUGGCAAAAGAAAAUGUAAUACUUAUUUGUGCCUCUCUCAUUAUUACGCAACUCGUCAUGGUUCAUUGUGCCGACGACGACAUAGAUUGGACUACGGUUCACGACGAGUUGAGAAAAUUGGCUGGAAAUCUGCGAAAGAAGUGCACCGCUGAAAUUGGCGCGACAGAAGAAUUGCUAGCAGGUGCAGAGUUAGGUAAUUUUCCAACAGACACCAAUACUUUGGCAUGUUACUUUAAGUGCAUCAUGGAAAAAGGAGGAGUGCUGAAAAAGGAUAACAAGAUCAAUUUUAAGCUCUUGAUCAAAAUGAUGCCGAUAGCAUACAGGAGCAUUGGAAAUGAAAUGCUCGACCAAUGUCGCGAUAUAACUGGUGAUCCUGGUGACAAAUGUAGCCUACCUUUGAAAUUCAACAGAUGCAUGUACACCGCGAAUCCUGUGGCGUACUUUGUCAUCUAAAUAUUGAUAAUAGGAGUAAGAGCCCAGAGCAUUUUAUCCAUAACUUAAAAUUAAAAUAAAGUACUGACAAAUAUAUAUAUUCCUCUAUUCCUCGUUCUUACAUUAAUUUGUAAGAUGAAGUAAAAUGUUUAAAAGAAUAAGUAUCAAAUAAAAAUUAUUCAUCCAUUAAAGUAAGAAUUAAAGUAGGAACGUUUAAUAACAAUUUCAUAGAUAUAUAUAAUAGCAAUCUUUGUAUAUACAUGUAUCACUUAACGAUGUUAACGAUUUUUACGUAUCUCUGACAAUGUGAUUAUUUUCGUGAAUAAUGCUUGCAUUUUAAUGUGUCAUUACAUUAAAGUAUUAUUUUUUAUUAUGUAACAUCGUCGUUUUAAUCUAUCUACGUAUAUAAAUACUAGUAGUUCUAAAUACAUCAAA